AUGUCAUCAAGCAAUGAUAGCAGCCUUCACGAUUUUGAAUUCAUCCUGAUGGGACUUCCUGGGCUUCAGAAUGUACAACACUGGCUUUGUUUUCCUUUCGUCAUUGUUUUCCUUGUGGGAUUAUUCGCCAAUCUUGUAAUUUCUUCAAUUAUUGUAACAGAGCAAUGUUUACAUGAACCAAUGUACUACUUUAUUGCAGUUUUGUCAGUUAUUGAUCUCACUGCAUGUCUUAGUUUGAUGCCCAUUGUUUUAUUAAUACUGUCCUUUGGUUCACAAUCUGUUCCUUCAGAUGUUUGCUUCUUGCAAAUGUUUUGUGCCUCCUUUAUUGGAGUCAUGCAGUCAUCAGUACUAGUAUUAAUGGCUUAUGAUCGCUACAUUGCAGUGUGCAAACCUCUAAGAUAUUCUACAAUUGUAACAAACACAUUUAUAGUAAAAUCACUCUUAAUGUUUACAGUUAGAAACAUUUGUGCUGUGAUUCCUAUACCUGUAUUAGCUAAGCUCUUGCCAUACUGUGGAAAGAAAAGUGUUUAUAACAUUCACUGUGAUUACCUAGCUGUUAUUAAUAUGUCAUGUGCUCGCACAGCUAUGAGUGAAAACUUUCUCUUUAUUAUAUUUUCACUAAUAGGACUUCCUGAUGCCGGUUUGAUUGGACUGUCAUACUACAGGAUUGUUAGGGUCACAUUAAAAUUAAAAUCAAAAGAAGCUCUAGAAAAAGCAUUUAGUACAUGCAGUUCUCAUAUUUCUGUGCUUGCCUUAGUUUAUCUGUCAGGCUUACUAGCAUCAAUUUUGUCUCUUUUUGAAAACAACAUGCCACCGUACAUGCAUCCCCUAUUGUCAGUGAUUUACCUCAUCAUACCACCCACUUUAAAUCCUGUAAUAUAUGGUGUAAAAUCCCAAAAGAUUUGGGGAGCAAUAUUAAAACAUUUCACUACUAUAAUGAGUAUCUUAAAAGGGAAUAAGCAAACAGUACAUCUUUAA